AUGACUAGCUCAUAUUAUCUCGCCAAGCCUAUCUCGACUCUCCGUCAGUCUCCACCUCUCAAAAUGGCCGAAGCAGUGCCUCUCGAGGAGAUUCCAACCCUCUCGCUGCUGUACAAGCUCAAGAAGAUUACACCAGAAGACGACUUGGCACCCUCAUACAAGGUAUCGACAGAGCUCAACGACUGCAUCAGCGUCAUUCGGCAAGAUAUCACAACCCUGGCUGUUGACGCCAUCGUCAACGCCGCGAACAACUGGCUGCUCGGCGGAGGCGGCGUUGAUGGCGCGAUACACCGUGCAGCUGGUCCGGAGCUGCUAGAAGAAUGCGAAACGCUCGAAGGGUGUGAAACAGGUAGCGCCAAGAUCACCAAGGGCUACGAACUCCCUAGCAAGAAAGUCAUCCACGCUGUUGGCCCGAUAUACUGGAAGGAGGGCCCUCGAGCGGCAGAGUUGUUGUCAGGCUGCUAUCGUACAAGUCUACAACUAGCGGUCGAUAAUGGAUGCAGAAGCAUCGCGUUUUCGGCACUAAGCACUGGCGUUUACGGCUACCCGAGCGGCGAAGCGAGUUUAGUUGCGCUGGAGACGGUGCGAAGGUUUCUGGAAGAAAAGGAUAGGGCAGACAAACUAGAUCGCGUCAUCUUCUGCAACUUCCUGCAGAAAGAUGAGGAGGCUUACUUCAAGAACAUCCCCAUUUUCUUUCCACCUACCACUACAGACACCGAAGCUCAAGACAACCCCACAAUUGAGGAGGAGCAGUCGACCGAGCCGAGCGAACUCGCUUCACAGCUUCCAGAUGCGCCAACAACCGACCCUCAAGACGCUGAAGAUGCCCAGCAGCCCUCGUUGAAACGGCAGAAGACUAGCGAGGCCGAUGACGAUUUCGUACUUGUGGAGAGGGAUGACGUGAAAGAAGACAGACCCAAACCUGAAUUGUGA